AUGACGGAGCUGCCCCCCAGCGAAGCUGCUACAGACGAGAUGAGUGUAGUUGCGAGAAGCCCAAUUCACUUUGGGCCCUUUCUUGUAACACCGCAGGUCUUCUUCGUCACACCUCUCUCUUUCGCCGUUGUUAACCUGAAACCGCUUCUGCCAGGCCAUGUCCUCGUCUGUCCGCUACGCCGCACUCCGCGGCUUUCAGACCUGACCCCCGCCGAAACGACGAAUCUCUUUCUCACAGUCCGUCGAGUCAGCCGCAUGGUUGAACGCAUCUACCAGGCCUCAAGCUUAAACGUUGCUAUUCAAGAUGGUGUCGAUGCCGGACAGAGCGUGCCUCAUGUACAUGCGCAUAUUAUACCCCGGAAGAAAGCUGAUUUGGACCACAAGGGUGGCUCGGAUGCGAUUUACGGUAUGCUGGAUGGCGAGGAAGGCGAUCUUGGUCGAUUUUUAGCGGAGAGGAAACUUGCCAUGGAAAAUAAGCGGACGCGGUCUGGGUUCCCCGCUGUUGACAAUGAUUCUAGGGAGCCUAGGUCCGAUGAGGAGAUGCAGAAGGAAGCGGAACUGUUGGCUGAAGAGAUGGAAAAGGAGAUAGAGAUGGAAAUAGAAAGCUCUAAGAGGGCAUAUGAUAACUGA